AUGCGAAAGGGCGACCAGCUGGCCAUUUCGUUCCAGGUCGGUGACCGAGACCCUUCGUCGUCGAAUCAAUUGGAGGUUGAUUUCUGGAUCACUGAUCCCCACAAAAACCAGAUCCGGUCUCUUCACAGAGUGGCUGAUGGAGAUGCUUCAGUCGAGAUCACUGAAAGUGGUCGCUACGAGUACUGUUUCUCCAACGAGUUCUCUCACGUUGGCACCAAAGACGUCACAUUCCACAUCCACGGCAUUGUCUAUGUAGACAACGACAACCCAUCACCAGACUCACUCGACAGCCAAGUCAAGAUCCUCAGUCGUCUUGUUCAAGAAGUCAAGAACGAGCAAGGCUACCUCGUGAUCCGCGAGCGAACCCACCGUAACACAGCCGAAUCCACCAACUCGCGUGUCAAGUGGUGGAGUCUGUUCCAAAUCAUUGUCGUCGCCGUCAACAGUCUGUUCCAGAUCUACUACCUCAAGCGGUUUUUUGAGGUCAAGACCAAUGUAUAA